GUUGCAAAAUAAAAGCACUAAGGGCCAAAACGAAUACGUACAUUAAGACCCCUGUUCGUGGAGAAGAGCCCAUCUUUGUUGUCACCGGACGAAAAGAGGAUGUAGCCAUGGCCAAAAGGGAAAUUCUCUCCGCUGCUGAACACUUCUCCAUGAUCAGAGCUUCCCGUAACAAGAACGCCUCUGCCCUGGGGGGCUUGCCGUGUACCCACAACCUGCCGGGUCAGAUGACGGUCCAAGUCAGGGUGCCUUACCGUGUAGUUGGGCUAGUGGUUGGACCGAAAGGAGCUACGAUCAAACGAAUUCAGCAGCAAACCCACACCUACAUAGUCACUCCCAGCAGAGACAAGGAGCCCAUCUUCGAAGUCACGGGAAUGCCUGAGAACGUCGACCGUGCACGCGAGGAGAUUGAGAUGCACAUCGCCAUGCGUACCGGGAGCUACGUCGAGCUGAACGAAGAGAACGACUUCCAUUACAACGGAACGGACGUGAGCUUUGAAGGAGGCACACUGAGAUCUGCCUGGCUGGCUUCCAACCCUGUCCCUCCUAGGCACACCAGAAUGAUUUCUAAUUAUAGAAAUGACAGCUCCAGCUCCUUGGGAAGUGGCUCCACAGAUUCCUAUUUUGGAAGCAAUAGGUUGGCUGACUUCAGCCCAACGAGUCCGUUCAGCACAGGCAACUUCUGGUUUGGAGAAACGCUGUCUUUGGUGGGCACAGAAGACCUUGCCGUCGACUCUCCCGCAUACGACACGACUCCCUCGCCUUCCCAAACAAUUUGGACUCCUUUCGAACCUGUAAACCCUCUCUCUGGCUUCGGCGGUGACCCUACUAGCAAUGCCAAGCCUCUGUGCCAGGGGAGUCAGCCAUCUACUCCUCGCCUGUCACCCACAUUUCUGGAAAGCCUGGAUCACCCGCUGGCUAGGAGAGUGAGGAGUGACCCGCCUAGCACCAGCCACCACGCCGGCCUUCCCAUGUACAUCCCCGCUUUCUCCAAUGGUACC